UUUUAUUAAUGAUGAACCAAUAAUCACCUUUUUAGUCACUUUUUGAAAAUAUAAUUGGAUAAAUGAAGAGAGGAGAAAGUUAGAGUGCAUUGAUUGAAAUAGAUAGAUAAUUGAAAAAGACCAAGUUUAAUCAAACUGAAAAAAAAUAAUUGCAAUUGUUAAAAGGAUCAAUAUUGGUGUAGAUUGGAGCAUUGGGCGAUGCUACAAAAAUACUGAAUGACAAUUUAAAUUAAGCUGAAUUAGAAGUCCUCUAAUUGUAUUCUAAUCUAUGUAAGGAUCUAAACAUGAUGAAUAAUUAUUUUGAGAAAUUCAAACCAUAAAAUUUGGAGUAGACAAAGGAAUUUUAUUCUCAAUCGAUAUAAGCCCAUCGAUUUUAAGAGGCAUCAACAUAUGCCAUUAAGAUUUUCAGGGCAGAAGGAGAAAAAAACUAAGAAUACAUGAUGGAAUAUAUUGUACUAUUGAGUUAAAAGGAAGAUAUGGGAGGGAAAAUUACAGAGAUGUUUGUUGAUAAGGUGGCAAAAAACAUCAAACUAGAGAAGUAAAAAAAUUGUAAAUGAUUUAGCAAUUUGAAGCUUUGUACUAAUGAAGAAUUAGGAGCUUAAUUGAUUAAAUUUUAAUUGAAAUUCUACUAGAAUAACAAAAACAAAAAUGUAGAUAAAGUAUAAUAAAUAUUGGACAAUCAUGGUUCGCUAUUUGUUGAAUAUUAAUAAAAUGCAACAAUAUCAUUGUGGAUUUACUAAAACAAUCCUACAGGUAUAUAUGAUAUAAAUGAAAUUUAGAUUUUACUUACGAAUAAACUCUUAAAUACCAUUAUUAAGUCUAUAAUUCUUUGGCCACAGAUUAAAUUCUUAUAAAUUUUGAAUGCUAAGAAUAACUAGUAUUAGCCUUCUACACUGAACCAUUCUAAUUAGAAAUUGAAUAAAUCGAGAAACCCUUCUAAAUAGUUCCAAAGGAUAAACUAUUGAGUCAUAUUUACAAUAGUUGUUAAUUAUUAUUAAAAACAACUAAAAAUAGCUUAGCAUUAAAACAACUUUUACUCAUUUCAUUAAAAAUAAUAAAUCUAUCUUAAAAUCCCAACACUGAAGAGAUCUUAAAGUUAGUUGAAUUAUUAUUUUAAUAAUAAGGAGAUAAAUAUACAUUUUGCACUGAAUUAUUUAAGGCAAUUCCAAAACUAAAACUGCACAAGGAAAUUUACAACACUAUUCAAAAAGUAAAGACCUAAUCUAAGUCUAAAGAGGCAGAAACAAUAGCUCAUAUCAAUUUGAAGAAGCUAGAAAUUUACAUCUCAGAGGAUCCUACAAAGUAUCUUGAUGAACUAGUAAAGUUGUAUCAAUCUCAUCCAGUUCCAGAAAAAGUUGAAAAAGGUGAUAGGUUAUUAUAAGAUGAAUAUUUGAUGAUUGCCAUUGAUAUACUGUAUGAUGUAAACGACUUUGAUAAGAUUUUGAGAAGUUUAGAAUUAAUAGAUUUAGGGUUAAAAAACUCUCCAUAUAAUUUUGAUUUCUUGUUCAGAUAAAUCAUCUUAUUAUGCGAAUUAGGAUAGGUGGAGUAGGCUAUUGAAUCCUUAACAAGAUUGGAUAUAAAGGGAGUGUAAUUUGAUACAUUGGGAAUGACCUUUGCAAAAUCCUUCCUUGAAUUCGGAGGUAAUUUAGAUUAAGUUGAGAGAAAGAAUUAACAAGCUUUAAUAUUUUAUUUAGAAAAUGUAAGAGAAUCUAAGAAGAAUUUAUUGACAUCAUUCAAAAUGAAGAAUUAUGUACCCUUUGAAUCAUUUCAUUAAUUUGAAAAUUGGAUUUCAAACUCUUAUAUUAAAUUAAUUUACUAUUUUGUUCAAUGCACACUAUUUAAUGAGAGACAGAAAUAAUAGAGCAAUGUCGAAUAUUUUUGUUAGUAGAUAUAAAAUAAAUUAAAAUCCGCAUCAACCUUUUCGAUUUAAGACACACAUUUCCAAAGCUAUUUUAUUAGAGAAUUUAGCAAUUCAAAUUAAAAAUAUGAUAAUUAUAUUGGAAUAUAUAAAAGUCAAAAAUAAUUGUUAUUAGAAACUUUGUUUUUAACGGUAUAUUAAAUAUUUUAUUCUAUUAGUUUAAUAAUGAGAUGAAUGAAUUAAAAAACGAUAUCUAACAAAUUUAAAGUUUGGUAAAUGUGUACAAAGAAAUUGUGAAUGUCCAAUAAAAUUAUAAUGAAGUUGAUUUAAAUUACAGAAAUAAAUUGGAAAAUUAAUCAUUAUAAAUAAAGUACUUAGAAGAUUACAAUGAGUAAAUAGAAAAAUUAAUAUCAUUAGGUUUAUUAAUUUAGAGAGAGAACUUCGAUUGUCGAUAGCAAGAUUCUAUAUUUCGCUGAUUCAACCUCAAAAUGAUAUCCCUACAAAUGACUUUUUAGUUGAUCUAUCGAAAUUAUAGGAUUUAUAAAAGAUCAUAAAAAAAAUACUAAAUGGUUAAGAAAUGCCAACAAACUCAGUCAGAAUUCUGAAUCGCUUUUACAAACAUACCUUACCAGUUUUGAUAGUCCUUAUAAAAUAAUAAGCUGAAAUAAAAUAAAAAUUAUUUUCACUCCAAAAAAAGGCUUAGGGCGAUUCAAAGACCAUUUUAGAGAAAGCCCAUAAGCAAAUAGUUCUGACUUUAACUACUCUUAAAGAUGAACUGGUACAAUCAGGCACACAAUAAUUGAUGAUUAUUAAGAACGAGCUCCCAUAAUAUAUUAGAUAACAAUUAAAGUAAUGAUAAUUUGAUUAAUUCUUAGCAAGACAAUAAACAAUAAAGAGUUGAUCCAAACCCUAGAAUCCAAUUUACAGUUUUAAGCCUUAUCAAUAUAAACAGUGAUUGAGGAAAAGUUAAAACAAAUGAAAUGAAAAUAAUAUAAAUAUUAACGAUUUCAUUC